AUGACGAGGUUUCCCUUUCUGUUCUUCCCUGUCGCCUUGCAUGCGCAGAGCUUGGUUUUGACCGUUGUGAACAACUCUACUAGCCAGACAAUUUGGCCGGCAGUCGAAGCCGCAGGUUCUUAUGUAGUGUCCCCUGAUGGUGGAAGAGUGAUCGAUUAUUCCCAAAACCCAUUGCCUGACGGCCUUGCAUUACAAGCUAACUCGCAGGUGCAAAUCCCUCUCACCUCUUUUCCAUGGUCGGGACGUGUCUGGGCGAGACAGUACUGCUCCCCCGACGGAACGGGUUGUGUUGUAGGUGACUGCGGCCAUCCGAGUUGCUGGGGUCGUUCGUCGACCGGGACCACGCUGUUUGAAAUCACCGCACUGAAAAACAAGAUGUAUUACGACAUCAGCCUUGUGGAUGGAUUUACGUGCGGCGUUUACGUGCAACCAGAUGACGACGAUUGUGAGGCGGUUGCCUGCAUAGCCCCGCCGUAUCUUGGCAUUGACGAGAAUCAAUCUAUGGUAUGUCCCCCAUCCAACCUGAUCACUGACACGAGAACAGGCAACGUACCAAUCGGUUGCAACUCGGACUGCUCCGUAUACAAGACGGACGAGUAUUGUUGCAGAGGCGGAUACGAUGCGACGACUUGCAAGGGAAGCAACUCCUGGUUCAAGAAGACGUGUCCGGGUGCAUAUAGUUACGCCUAUGACGAUAAAGACGCCACAUUCACGUGUGGCUUUCGGAACAUGACGAUAUACUUUCAAUGCUCAUAG